AUGACUUUCCUUUUCCAAUACUAUAGAAUCCUUGGCAUGCUUCUGCCCCGCCAUCUCUACACGUUCAUCGUCGUCGGCGUCGGCGCCUGGUCCAUGGCGAUGAUCCUACAGUGCUUCUUCCUCUGCCAACCCCUCGCCGGCUUCUGGGACAAAACCUUACCAGGGGUCAAAUGCCUGCCUGAAUUAUCUACCUGGUUGGGCGGCGCCAUUGGCAACAUUCUGACGGACUUGCUGGUCUUCGCAUUACCCAUCCCGAUGCUGAGCAAGCUGAAUCUACCCGGCGCGCAAAAGGUUAUGCUGCUAGGGGUGUUCAGCCUGGGAUUUCUGUGCAUAGCGCUAAGUGUGGUCAGGAUCAAAUACCUCAGGUUGAAUCAAGACGAUGUCAGCUGGUCCAACUCAGCGGGAAUGGUGGUGGCUUUGGACGAGGAGAGGACUGACUGGCAUCGAAAGAAGCAGUGGUCAUGGAAGUGGACAAGGAUCCAGCGCACCUACGACAUCGUAGCUCAUCAUAUGAAUUAA